AUGGAUUCAGGCAGCCUGCACAACGCUUCCACCUACCUGAAUAAUCUGCUUCUUGCACGCGGCCUGUUACGCAAUGGCAAGUCCAUUGAUUUUGCCUGCGUCAAGGAGGGAAGCGGUGAAUCAGAGCAUACAAUGGCCAAGAUCAUUAACCUGGUCCAUGACCUUGUUAUACGACGUGAUCGUGAUGCAGAUCAGCGCGAAUCCCUUACUACGAACAUUCGCAACCUGAGAGCAGAGGAGGUGCGGAGAUCAAGGGAGAUCGAGCAACUACAGGCCAGAAAUGCUGAGCUGCUGCGUAACUCAGCACUCGCAGACGCUCAGAAAAGAUCCCUGGAAGCAUCAGCGCAUAAGGCGGAAGUCAGCGCGCGAGAGCUCAAGGAACAGAUGGCAAAGAUGAAGUCAACGUUGGACCAGGUGCGGGCAAAAUGUGUGAAUGACGUUCGAAAGCGGGAUAUCGAGCUUGAGAAACUGAAGAAGCAUGUCACGGGGAUGCAGCGGGGCGCAACACACUCGAGCGGAAUGAAGAUAGUUCAGUUGAAUCCUCAACCACCCCUGCCGAAGAAGGAGCGCGGGGGUGGGUCUGGUGUCCCGGUAGAUGAUGAAAACUGGAGUCUGGAAAAAGAGACUAACGACUUUUUGGCUGCUUUGGUGAACGAAACAAGUACAGAAAAUGUCGCAUUGAGACAUAUAGUUGGCGAAACAGUGGAAAAUCUGAAGGAGCUGACUGGGCUGGACCAGGCUCCAGAAAAGUCACAUGUUGAUCCCGAAAUUGGAAUUCCUGGCCAGUACAAACAGUCAAGAGCCAACACACAGUCUGCACAACCUGAAAGGCUGGUAUCAUGCGAAGAACUCGCAGAGCAGAUGGAGGGGGUAGUAGACCACUGCCGCGCAAUCUUAAAAGACCCUUCGUUCGUCUCAAUAGAGGAGGUACAAAUCCGAGAGGACGAAAUCAUCAAAUUGAGAGAAGGAUGGGAGAAGAUGGCCAGCAGAUGGAAAGAUGCCGUCACUAUGAUGGAUACAUGGAGGAAACGAAUGCUUGAGGGCGGCAACACUGUGGACCUCGACGAACUUAGCAGCCUUGGAUUGGGUAAGAGUAUGGCUGUAAUGUCUGACGUUCAAGCAUCCACGGACGAGGACGAGUUGUCAACGGGGAUGUAUGAUGAUGAGUCGGAGGCAGUGGAAGAAGACACGGGUAGGGCCAGUGACCAAGCAAUUGGCAAUGCUGAGCCGGAAGCGAUCCAUGAGGUUGCAGCACCGCCACCCGCAAAGCGACUCGCUUCCUCACCCGCAAGAAGAGGCGUACGGCUCCCAGCACCAGUUGCCGCCUUUAGCGAAAUGGACCAGGUGCAACGAAAGCAAUACAAUUCUAGUCGGAGUACAUUUACCUCUUCAAGUGCAGAUUCGGGCAUUGGUAGUCUUGACAGCAGUGUUGACCUCGAUGUCGACCUAAAUACGAGCCAACCACUAAAAUCUUCUUCCCAGGGUCGGAAGAAGACAAAGUUAUUGUCAGUAGCAGAAAAGUUGGCGAAAGUUGAGGCCGAGGCUCGAGAAGCGGAAGAGAACAGACAACAGCAAGGAGAGCCGCACAAAAGGAAAGCUUUGAAGUCUUCAAGGCCAAAGAAGGUCAGCAGAAGAAGAAGCACUCUCAGUCCGGAAGAGCUAGCUCAACUUAUGGGAGUGUGA